AUGGAGUACCUAGACGCUAUCUUUCAAUAUUUUGGAUACGACAAUUUUCAUGAAUUCGCCUUUUGGGUAGCUAAAAACCCAUACGAAUUCUUAGUUUCUGUCAUGAUUGUGCUAACCCCGAUGUUUAUCAUCAGUGGAAUCUUAGCUUUUUACCUUUUGAAAGCAAUUGAAAAAGAUGAAAAAGAGAAGAAGAAACGCGGUAACUUGCCUUUCCCUUUCAUAUCUUUUAAUAACUGUAAUCAAUAUUGGAUGCAUAUUGUACACAUGAUUUGGAAAAAACGGCUGCAGAACAUUAAACAAGAUCAAGACCAAGGCGAUAAACCCAAAGAGACAGUAGAAAUUAUAGUAGCAAAGAGAUACCAAUUUAUUAGCUGUGUUAGUAUUGUGAAGUGCAAUUUGUGCCAAUGCGUAACAUGGUUUAAGGAAGAAAAAUAA